AUGGCCUUCCGUUUCGUUGUUGUUGCCGCCGUGGCUGCCUUGUCGCACGCUGCCGUCAUUCCCACCAUUGGAAGCUCCUCAUUCUCCUACGAUGCAGCUCCCGCCUACAGCACCUACUCGUCUUCCUCGGUGUUGAAGACCAUCUCGGCGGCUCCCACUGCUUACUCCUACUCCGCGCCCGCUUACGCCGUCGCCGCUCCCGCUACCACCGUCGUUAAGACCGUCGCAGCUGCCCCGGCCGCUUCCAUCGCCUACGCUGCCCCUGUUACCUCUUCAGUCUCUUACGCUGCCCCUGUCUCCUCUUCAGUCUCUUACGCUGCCCCUGUCACCUCUUCAACCCACACUCUGACGACUGAGGCCGGUCGAUCCCACAUCCGCAUCGAGGAACACCAGCAAGGCCCUCAGGUUAUUCGUGUCCACGAGCAGCCUGCUGCCCAACCCGAAGUCGUCCGGGUCCAAGCUCCUGCCGAACCCCAAUCCUUGAUCCGUGUCAUCAACAAGUCCGCUCCUGCUCCGACUGUGGAGCGAGUUUUGCACCGAAGCGCUGAAGCUUCGGUCGUUGACAUUUCGAAGCCCGCUCCUCCCGCAGCCCGCAUCGUCCAGGUUGAGCGCCAACAGGCUCCGGCUCCUCGCGUUGAGUUCAUCAACGAGGAAGGCCAGGACUCCGUCCACUACCUCGACAACCAGCACGCUGAGGCCGUCGCCCCCGCUGUUGCUACUUACCACCACGCCCCCGCUGUCGCCACCUACCACCACGCCCCUGCUGCCGCCAUCGAGACCUACCACCACGCCCCCGCUGCAGCCAUCGAGACCUACCACCACGCCCCCGCUUCGGCCAUCGAGACCUACCACCACGCCCCCGCUGCAGCCAUCGAGACCUACCAUCAUGCCCCAGCUGCUGUCGCCACGACUUACCAUCAUGCCCCAGCUGCGAUCGCAACGGUCCACCACGCUCCUGCCACCUCCCUCGUGAAGACCUACUCUGCCCCUGCCACCGUCUCCUCGACCUACGGAUCUGCCCAGAACUACGGCAACACCGUUGUUCUCGACGCCAACAAGAAAGCCAAGUCCGCGUAAGGCCCACUCCUGGAAUGUAAAUAACCGUUGAAUUGCUUGAGUAUACACUAUUCUUGCGAAAGCUCAAAGAGGGGCUCUCGGUCGGAAGCAUAGAUGAAUGACCCCUUCAAGGGCAAUGUGGAAUAAAAGUCCUCGGAAUGCU